AGUACUCGUACUCUUCUGGCUGUAGCCUGAGGACUUCCACCGUGUCGACUUGGCUGCUGAACGCUCAUUCAGCGAAGACCUCAAGUUCAUAACUGCCUUCGCUGUGCUCGAUACUUAGACUAUAUGCCCUCACAAGACUUUUCAUCUUGGGCGACUCUCCAGCUUCCCCCCAGCUCACGGCUGUUCCCGUCAGCAUGUUGUCCAGACAAGGAUCUUGUUGUCGUCGUUUCAAGGCUGGGUAGCAAGGACCAAAUUAGUCUAUGGAAAAUGCAAGGCUCCAAAAAGUGGGACGUUGUUGUAGACACCGGGAAUCCUCAUCCGGAGGAGGUGGUAGACAUAACAUGGAGCUCUGAUGGUCAGACUAUUGUGCUCAUACACGACCCACCUCGAAUCACGCUUCAUUCCGUCCAGGACGGCGCCGAGCAACGUGCGAUCUCUCUGCAGAAUGUCGUCAAGGACGGAUUUCGUUUGGCGCACGUGUGGUGGUUUACAGAGCAGAAGAAGCGAAAGGAAUCCAUCAUUCCUGACAUCUUCAAACGAGGGGAUAUCAUCACAGGAUCUUCUCACUCAGUUCUCAAACUGCUCCCCUUGCUGGAUCCGGUCAAAGACCUGACACAAGCCCUGUCGGCGAACGACCUGUUUGCAUUCCAAACGACCCAACCGAAGAGCCCUGCGAAGACUAGCCUUCCUCAAAGCAUCGCAACCUGGCCUACUCUUCCUCCUGACCCCCUUGCCGCCUCUAUACAGCCCUCUGCUAGAACGAGCGAGCAAGACCCUCAAGACGAAAUAGAUGAAGGGGAAUCUGACGACACCAAACCGAACAGCCUUCUUGUUGUGUCUGAUGACGAUGGCCAAGUACAUAUAUUCUUACAAGGGUGUUACCCGCUAGGGUCCUUCUUGGUCGCCGACAAAUCGACUACGACAAGUCUACUCAAGUCGUCAAACUGUUCUACGAUGUUCGCUCAUCAGCUGCGCGACAUCAACGGUAUCAACGCCACAUCAUCUGUGCCGUCCACAGUGCGACUUCCUCUGCUGGACAAGCGCAUGCCUAUGGAUGUGGCCAAAGCAUCCACCGUCGCUCGAGAGCUCCUCUGGUAUAUAAUUCGAGUCGUCGAUGAGAUGCGCACGGCUUGGCAGGGAUCGAAUACACAGACGAGUGCUAGAGACCAGGGUCCCAAGUGGUUAAGGUCUUUGGAAGCUUUACAGGAUAACAAGCUAGGAGAUCACAAAAGUGCAUGGUCCAUAGUGGAUUUAAUGAUGUACCUGGUGACCGGACGUCCUUCCGACGCCGUUUCGGAUUUUAUAGGCAGUGGCGAGCAAAUGAGCGAAAGGGGUCUACUCAAAUGGGAGUCAACGGUCGUUGAAGCCCUGAUCAAACUGCGAGAUUACUCGGAACAGAGAGUGGCGCCUGCAUGCCAGCGUUUGCACAUCGUGUUGGAGGAUUUAUUGGGCUGGUCGCAACUGUCAGCGCUGUACGGACCUUGCGACCUCGAUACCGAGGAAAUCAAAAAAUGCGUCGAGGAUGCCGGCCGAGCGAUCGUCGCCGCAAGCUGGUUAUCGGCUACUGCCCGGCGAGAGCUUUCCCGCUUCAAAGAAUUCAUGAGAUGGCUGCGCUAUGAAAUUACGGUGGCGAGUUCACCGGACGAUGUUCCGCACGUUGCCCCCACUCACGACAUCCUGGAGGUCAACGAUUACCUCCUCACCGGCCUUCAUAGAAGUCAAAUCGAUCGGUGGUUCGACGGGGGCGCUGCAAAAUUCUCUCCGCAGGACCUUGGUGUGCCCGACGAGAAGCAAGACUUGGCCACCGUUAUGAAGCGGGCUCGGUUGGCUCUCCGAGACCGCACGUCAACCGACCUCUACCACCAUGUUACGGAAAGAAAUUUGUUCCCCCUGGAUAGGAAUGUGGACGCAUUAGUUCGUGACCUUGCGGGGCGGUGUCAAACCAUUUUCCUGCGCGCCGCGGGAGCAACAGGGCGCUCCGCGAACGUUCUGCAGGCGCCGAACUCCGCGAACCGAGUUUCCAAUCCCGACCAGGAUCUUCUUCCCAAAAGCGGAUUCGUCAUUCGUGAGAGAUCAGACCAAGACAAAAACAGAACAAGCCGAUUCGUUCAGCAUUUGGCAAUUCAUGCACCUUCUGAUACCCACGGGGCCUCCUUGUACCUUUUCAGAGUGAAGUACGACCAAGAGGACCCCGUUUCCUCUAUCCAGUCGUCUGUAGCUGUCCUUGAAUGCCGGAUCCGGGAAGAAGAGGACGGCGGGUUUGCCGAUUUUAGCUUGCUCGAUGUGGAAUUCUUUGAUGAGGAGUCCCUUGUGAUCAUCUAUCGACAAGGCGCUUCCGGACCUACACUCCUUUCCACGGUCGGAUACUCGGAUAUAACAUAUCAAGAUUUGGCCGGCAACAUGAAGCCUUCUCGAGAGGGCAUGAUGCUCGACGCGUUUUCGCGAUGGAAAUCGGGGCAGUUAGAAUCGACGCCGAUACCGAUCAAGAAGUCGCGCACGCUAGCUGUCUGCAAGGAAGGCCCAGUGUCCCUCGCAGUCAACGGUAGAGUCGGACGGCGAGUGGUCUGUGUGCUCGAUGUCGACCAGUCGAUUCUCGAGGUUUUGGACCUGGAAGGGGACGACACAGAGGACGAAACGGUGGAGCACGAGGAGGAGGACGCGGAAUAAGCUAGAGACGGAAACUAACCGUUGUAUUUUCUUUGUAGCUUCUGUAUACGGUAAAUGAACGGAGGACGAAUGCGCAAGGCC